AUGCAUGCGCGAGAUCCAAGGCAGCACGUCCCGCGACCCCGGAGCAGUGGAACCUUGGGCGUGCCAAGUGGAGCCGUGAGCAAGCCGGUGAUCGUCAGAACCGAGAUGAAGAGUGUGGAGAAAGGGUUGCACCACGGACGACACACCGCACGACCUCGACGCCACGUUGUCGCAGGACGCCGUGCGAAGAUGAAGGCGACAAGCCAGCAGCCAGCUCCGAGGCCCCAGGGCCCUGCGUGCUCUGUUCACGCGCCAGUACGGUGCGACGCCAGCAGCAACAAGACGGCCUCCUCGGCGUGGAUUGGGCCCUCAGGCAUCGACAACUUCACGGAUUGCCAGUGUCGCUGGUCCGCUAGGCGCGCGUGGCUUCCUGCGACCAUGCAAAUCCCCGAUGCUUCGAGCUCCCUGUCCGCGCUCAGAAUUCCCAUUAUUCGCAAGCCCGCGGCCUUAGCGCGGCCAGCACGAUCUGAUGCCAACUGCCAGCAGGUGGCCGUCCCUGGACAAGGCGCCGCGGGGAAAGAAACGCUGCGCCGUUUUGACCUGCCUUUCGCUCGUUGCCAUCCGUCUGGCUGCAGCACUCGGCCCCGGAAAGCGCCGUAG